AUGUGCACUGACUUGUUUAUUCAUAUGAGCGCAUGCGCGAUGCUAUAUUGGUAGGACGCAUGUUUCCGAUUCUUCGGCUGUGUUAUUUGAAAACAUUGUUUGUUCGGAGGUUUUGGUUACUCAUUUAACAACACGCUUGGCCGAUAUUGUUUCCCGAUAAUAAAAUUACGUUAAACGUCAUAAAAUGAGCGUCACAUUACAUACGGAUGUUGGUGAUAUAAAAUUGGAAUUAUUCUGUGAAUUGUGUCCUAAAACAUGCGAGAAUUUUCUUGCACUUUGUGCCGUGGAUUACUAUAACAACUGCAUAUUUCAUAGAAAUAUUAAGGGUUUUAUAGUUCAAACCGGGGAUCCAUCUCAAACUGGUAAAGGCGGUACAUCUAUAUGGAAUAGAAAAUUCGAGGAUGAAUUUAAAGAAGAAUUGAAACACAAUACACGAGGACUACUUUCAAUGGCCAAUAAUGGACCUAAUACAAAUGGAAGUCAAUUUUUUAUCACAUAUGCUCCACAACCACAUUUAGAUUUAAAAUAUACAUUGUUUGGAAGAGUUAUAGAUGGCUUAGAUACACUCGAGCAGUUGGAGAAGCUACCUGUUAAUCCAAAAAAUUAUAAGCCACUUACAGAAACUAGGAUUAAUAGUGUAACGAUACACGCUAAUCCUUUAGCUGGCUAAUGUUAAGCGUAUAAAAAUGUUACCCAAUUAAAAU